UUGCUCUGUUUGCCAUUGUUGUGCAAAUUGGAGCCAGAGUUCCCCCCUCAUGGAGAGCGGGGCGUCGUGCGGACUGAGCGGCGCUCGAUGCGGGAGCUGCGGGAGCGUCUGUGCGCGCUGAGGAAAGAGGGGAGAGAGUCCACUGGAUCUCAAGAUUGGGGGCUUAUUCAUCGACUUUAUACGAGUGUUUUUGGCCUUCGCUGACAGGAGGCACCUGCAGGCCCCCCUCCCUGGCCUUUACCCUGUGACUGCAGCAUGGGCAACUUCUCCAGCAAGGACGGCCAUGGACCCACAGGGGUCCAUGCAGAAAGCUUCCACACCCCUCCCACGAGCCCCCAGAGUAUUGAGGAUGGGUUUCUGCCCGGCGUUCCCCACUUCCACUCUUCCCCCGGAGCUCCUGUUUCACCCCCGCCUCCGGCGCCGGGAGUCACAUCCACCGGGAGGAAAUCGCACCGCGGCACGCCGACCACCCCCACCCCCACCACCCCCCCUCCCGACUGGAGGCCUCCGCCGCCCGUCGCCUCAAACACCCCCGCGGUCGGCCCGGGAGUGAGUCCGGUGCACGGCAAACCCGGCAACGCAGCGACGGGCAGAGGACAGGCGUCCUCAGGGACGAACGGAGGGCCUCCCACCUCCACCCCGAGGACCCCGACCCCCCAGGAGACGAGCGAUGCUGUCAGCCCGCUGAAGAGUCCCUCGUCUCAGUGCAGCGCCUCGCCGCCGCCGCCGGCCGGCGCGCUCAAGCAUAACUGGAGGGAGCGGGACAGCGGGCUGUGUCAGUCUCUGCCGCCGGGGCAGGAAUCUAAAGACGGCCACGGCGAGGAGCUGGAGAAGCUGCUGGAGGAGUGCAGGACGACACUGGGCAUCGCCGCCUGUCAGGACGGCAGCAUCAACACAACAGAGAUACUGAAGCAUCUACUGACUGAAGUGAAAAGUCUGAAGAGUACUUUGGAGACUGAGCGUGGCGAAUGGCUGCAGUUCCAGGCUGACCUCCAGGUGGCGGUGGCGGUGGCGGACCGCCUCAGAGCGGAGGCCGAGGAGGAGCUGACGGCUCUCCGGACGGCGCACAGGGACACGGAGCGGGAGCUGGCCGCCGCGCAGCAGAGGCAGAAGGACGCCGACGUGCAGCUGGCCACCGUGAGAGGAGAGCUGAACGAGAGCAGGCAGAGGCUGGCGGCCGCCGCCCAGCCUCAGGACAAGAGCGAGCGCCAGCGCCCCCGCCCGGAGCCCGACGGGCCCAAUGAAGAGCCCCUCAGCUCGGACAGCGGCAAUGGAAGCCAGAGGGGCAGGGUGGUGCAGAGACUGGGGCGGGAACCGGCGGAAAGCAGGAGUCAGAACGAGCCGACCAAGAACGCCGUGGGCCAGGAGGAGAGGACUGACUGUAAAGGAGUGGCGAAGCGUUACCUGAGAAAUGUGACCAACGAGGAGAGGAGCGGCGACGGAGGGCGAGUCAGCGAGACACGGAGGAUGUUAACCACAGAGAGGUCAAGAAGCCUGUCCAGAUUACCUGCUUCCUCAGACUGCAUCGCCCUGCAGAACGGACAGGGCGCCCACCCUGCGGAGACCGCCGGGCCAACGAAAACGAUUGCGGGGCGAGUACCGAGAAAUCUGGACUGGCAGGAUAGUCGGUCCAACGGUGAGACUGGAAAACGUGAGGAGUCUCUAAACAAGUACAACUCGGCUCUCACUGAGCUGCCACCAGCCAAGUCUCAGGAUGGCUUCAACCUGCUGCUGCGCCGCCACGGAGGGUCCAAGAGAAACUCGCUGCUGCGCUGGUGUCAGAAUCGAACGCAAGGCUACAAGAACAUCGACAUCACGAACUUCAGCAGCAGCUGGGCGGACGGCCUCGCCUUCUGCGCCGUGUACCACACCUACCUCCCCUCUCACAUCCCGUUCAGCAUCCUCAGCCCGGACAACAAGAAGGAGAAUUUAAGUCUGGCGUUCAAGACCGGAGAAGACGUGGGGAUCGUGCAGACUCUGACGGUGGAGGAGAUGCUGAGAGCCGGCGGCCCCGACUGGCAGAGGGUGCUGAGCUACGUGGAGAGCAUGUACCGCCACUUCGAGAUGUGAGCGGCGGAGGUACGGAGCGGCGGUCCCACACAGGAGGCGCCACGACUCUUUCAACGGAUCACAUUCAGCCCCGCUUACAGCUUCACGUGAAAACAGAAAUAACAGCGAAAUCCCACCAAACACAUAGUUUGAUUUACACUGUGGUCAGUCCCAUUUACAUUUUUCUUUCAAAGUUUUUUUUAAUUGAAUUUUACAAUCUUACAAAUACAUAAGAUCAGAAAACCCCUCCGGAAUAGAUUUUCUCUCCCCUGUUAACGUUGUGUAUUUCCUGCACAGCCCACAGUAUUUACUUGAAGAGAGAGAAUUAGGAAACAAAUAUAAGAAAAUCCUUUUCAUGUCAACUGAUCGUCAGAAGGCAGACUUGUGUGAUAAAGUGGAAGCUCCGGUACGUCCCCAAAAGUUCACACACAGUUGGAUUUUUUUCACUGUAUUGUCAACUAAAACAUAUUAAGUGUUUUUUUUUUGUUUUGUUUUGUUUCAGUCUUCAUAAUUCUUCAUAAGUCUUUUAAAUAAAGCAUUCAGUAUCUCAAAAUAUUACAUUUCAUACAUUUAGAUGUUUUACCUAUCUUGGCCAAAACAUGUUUUUUUAUGCUGAUGAUUAAAAAAACAUGAACUUUUCCACUUUUCUAAGAUAUUUAAAUUUUCUGACAACACAAAGUCUUUUGCGCUCUUUUUGACCAAUGUGAGUUUGUACUCGGUGUCUUUAAGUAUCCAGGAGGAUGUAUAUUUGCUGUAAGUGUCUCCACACUGGGACUUCACAGGCAGAACGUACUGUAUUGCACGCGUGUGUUGAAAUUUGGAAGCUUUUUAAGUGUGAUUUUGUUUUUUUCCGUCUCGUCUUCGUCGGAACUCUACAUGUGUGUGGUCCCUCUCAGCACUCUGUAAAUAAGCACUUUUUCCCAGCAGCACCUUUGCGUGUGUCUGAAUGCGAGUGUGUACGGUUGCAGCACUGUUCUCUUGAAAAGCCUCGAAGUUCGUGCAACUCCAGAAACGUCUGUGUCGCAUCUGAGAAUUUGUCCAAGAUCAAGUUUCUGUUUUGGAAUAACAUAACACUCGGGAUGAAUACGGUGACCGCUGCACGGCUCGGUCCGAAACUCCAAGUGCCUGUCGGUGUUUUCACAAGUGUUGCAGUGCUGUUCUGGUGCUCAAGGAUGUGCGUGACAAGAGUUAAAAAAAACAAACAAAUACGAAAGCCUCCACAAGGCUGCACAUCCGUGUUAUCACAUCUGCAUCACUGAAAACACAGCUGGUGUAAAAAAAAAAAAAAAAAAAAAAGUGACCAAAGUUGUAAAUGCCAAAUGUACAUUAUGUCUAUAUGUAACUAAUGUGGAAAAUUGAAUUA